CGCAGCCGGGAGCCGAGGAGAUUGACAUGUCCCUGGAUGACAUCAUCAAGCGUCACAGGAAGGAGCAAACAGAUGCCAAAGCUGCAGGGGACGGCCGGAGACAGCAGACCAAGAACAGGAAUUUGGCAUAUGGGUUUGGGCGGCCCCGCUCCCGUGCCUGGAUGCAGAGGAACUUGCAAGGACCCAACCGUUUUAGGAGAGGCUUUGGACAACAACAGAACAACCGACGGCAAUUCAGGAACGCUUUGCCCGGCCCCAGGAGAAGAGCAGCUGCUGCACUGAGUGGAGUGAGCCCUUUAAAUCGCCCAGCAUCAGCUCAGGAGGUCAACAAGAGUGAGGAUGCUUUCCCCAAAAGCAGCAGUGGGCAGCCCGAGGCACGGCGACGGCCACCACCCGGCCCCAGGAGGUUCAGAGCAGCUGCUGCCAGCACCAGCGCCCCAGGGAGAAGGCCCUUCCUGCUGAACAGGGGACCAGGCUUCCAGCAGAAGCGGAUGCAGCAGCGGUUCUCCAAAGCCUACAUCCAGAGAGGGCAAAUGGAUGCUAAUGCAGAAGGGAAACCACCAAGGAUGAGAAGGUGGCAAGUGAAACCCAGCCCCGGAGCGGUUCUGACAGUUUCUGUGGCUAAUCCCCAGGCGAGCCAGACCAACACGCCUGGAGCCAAGCGCCCUUUCCUGCGAAGCCAGAGGCCCCCGCCACGCAUCACCAAGCCCCAACCGAAGGGGGUGAUGCUGAGGUUCAACUUUCGUGCCAUGGCCAACCAGACCAGCCUGACGCUGGAUGAGAGGUUCUCUGGGCUGAGGAAUAAGAGGCGCUUUGCAGCAGCCCGCAGCGCCCGCCGGACGGUCACCAUGCCCUAGCAGCACGCUCUCAUCAUGGGGACAGCGGGCAGCAGCCCGGGCCCCGUAACAGGUGGCUCAAUAAAACUCGAUAGAUUCCCUCUGAGAUAGCUGAUUCGACAACCUGCUGUCUACUUCCUUCCGUGCACAAUGAGCGAGUGAUUGAGGGCAGGGAUGAGGCAGCACUACAGUCAGGGCUCUACGCAAUGUAGGGAGGUGGUGGAAGGGGAUGAGUGGAGGUAGACUUGCUGUGCUGGGCUUCAUGGUGUGGUUGCCCAUUCCAUCCCCCUACCAGGCACCAGAGAAGGGAGCUACAGGCCUUGUCCUGCGGUUGGGACAGCAUUGAGGCCUUGGGCCUUGCCCACCUGAGAGGCCAGCAAAUAUGGCGGCUGUGCCAAGGACGUGCUCCAUCAUUCUCCACCUAAAAGCCUUACAGCGUGCAGCCAGGACCCCCAUCCAAAAGUUUGCAGUGUAGGACCUUCCCCCUCCUCACAGUGCCUCACCCUGCCUUGUUAGCAGCCCAAAGGCUCAGUUGGAGCGCCCUGCUAUUCUGAGCACUGAGCUGAUGGGUGAUCUUAGCCCAAAUCUGUGCUUCCAGUGCUGUGUAGGUCUGCACUGGGGUCUUUGUAGGUGCAGCUCCAUCCAUGCAUAAUCCCAUCUGAUGUGGGAAGGAGGCCAGGCUACACAGCGCUUGGCUGAGAAGUUAAUGAGCUGAGUUGAGACGUUUGUUAAUGAAGCCCUGUACCAAACAUGAGUUGCUGAUCCAUUCUCUGCCCACUACUGCAGCCAACACUGAGCGAGCCAAGCACAGCCUGUUACUGGGCCCUAAGCUGUAAGUAAAGAAGUAAAUAUUUGAUAGACUGCUUUACAUUUUACACUGAGUGUCUUUAACAAGAGACCGGAUUCGGGGUUGAUUUUAUAGGAAUGUGUGAAAUGUUGCUAGCUGGUUGAUUGAGCAGUGAUGUAUGAAUCCAAUGCACUGAAUAAAAAACUUGUCAAAUGGCA